UUGGGCAACGCUGGCGAACAUGGCGCUUUACGGUCGCGAAAGGGCCGAUGCUUUUCUCUCCUCUUUUGGCGCUGCCUGUUCGCGCCUCGAGAAAGGACUCUCAGAGCCGAGCCCGCAGUUAGGAGAUCAGCUGCAGGACCUGCAGAAAAUGCUAACGGAAGCCGCGGCUUACUUGCCACCGCGCCUUCUGCACCGGGCGCAACAGGACCUGAGGCGUUUGCGGGCGGAGGUAGUCAGCAGUCAGCCCAAGAAGCGCUUUGCCUUCACCACCAAACACAGCGGUACUGCGACUCCAUCUGAAGCCCCGGAGCCACGCAAGCCCGUCCACCAGGUCAGCCUAACCGACAAAGCAGUGGGUCUGCGCCAUCGCUCCGGCGAGACUUUACACCUCACAGACGUGGACGGGAAGCCCUUGGAGUUGGACUCCCUCGAAGACUGUUGCAUCAUCGUCCACGGGAACCCAGCGGCCCUGUUCGCCACCCGGCUCAGCCGCUGCGAGUUGCGCUGUGGCCCGGUGACCACGUCGGCCUUCGUGGAACACUGUCGGGACUCCAGGUUCUGGCUGGCCUGCCAACAGCUGCGAGUUCACGGCAGCAGCCAGUGCCAGUUCCGGAUGCACGUCCAGUCCAGGGCCAUCGUGGAGGACUCGACCGGGUUGGAAUUCGGGGCCUACGACUGGCGGUACGAGGGCCAGGAGGCCCACUGGCGGGCAUCGGGCCUUGACCCCAGCUGCAACCAGUGGCGACAGGUGGACGACUUCAACUGCCCGAUGGCUCGUUCGCCCAACUGGACAUUCCUCGAGGAUGACUCGGACAACUCUUUGCCUGUUCAUGAACAGCCUUCGUAACUCCAACGGUUUUUACUACCAUGCACUUCAAGCUAGGAGGGUGGUGCUACAGCCCAAUACUGCUAAUAUUUAUUUACCUCUUUCCUUACCGUGGGAAAACAAACUUUUUUUAAAAGCUUUGCAAAAAAAAAAAUAGCGGGGACAUUAAAGACUGCUUAUGUUUAGGAAUGCAAGAGCAUUCCUUCAUGCAGCGCAUUCCUGCAAGCAGCGUGCCACGACUUACUUUUUCACACAACACUCCGGCGGCGACAUCACACUCCCCAACUGCACAGGCGCGGCAAACCCCGCCGGCUUCACAAUGGUUUCCGUGACUAAACGUCCGGGUUGCUGUGCUUUUCUUCGUUUAUUAUAUCCGAGGUGCUUCCGCUUUGACCUUGAGUGCCACUGCAGGCUUCCGUGAUGAAGCAUUUACGUUGCUGUGCUUUUCUUUGUGUUUUAUUUCUGAGGCAUGUGCUUGAUGAUGUAUUGGUGUCACCACCUUUCGAACACAACGCCGCCGCUUGUUCGUGUUAUGAGACAAGUAAGACUUUUGCCUUAAAAAUGUAUUUUCAUAACUAAUUGAGUUCUGGCACAUUAUAAUACAUCUAAAUACAGCCAAUUAGCUUCCUUUUAAAGGAUAAUAAAAGUUUAUAAAAUAAAAA